UCCUCGUGUAAUCACUCGGGGUUAUUCGGUUAGAUUUACGUCGGGAUUCACCAGUCGCAUGCCCGUCGUCAUCGCGCUCGUGUGUCAUCCAUCGCAAUCGUCCCUUCCUAGGUGGCUCCCCGCGAUGCAACUCCUCCGCUUGAUUUGCUUCGCUCUUCUAGGGCUACAGAUAUCGAAAGCGAGUGACUGGGGAUACUGGGGAUACUUGGGACCAAAAAACUGGCCCGGAAUAUGCACGACAGGAAAAAAGCAGUCGCCGAUCGAUAUUGUAACGGAAGAUGCUAUAAGACUUGAUCUCGGUGCACUGAAAUUCGACCGGUACGACUUCGCGUUUUCCGGCUGGAUAACCAACACCGGCCAUUCCGUGCAAAUUGACUUGGACGGAGUGCCGGUUCACCUGAGCGGCGGCAGCCUGCCGUCGGUAUAUGUCCUGCAGCAGAUGCAUUUUCACUGGAGUGCUGAGCACACCGUGGACGGUUUUCGUCACCCGCUGGAAUUGCAUUUCGUGCAUUACGAUAAUCAGUACGCGAAUUUCAGCGUAGCCGCGGAACACGAGAACGGUGUCGUGGUGAUCGCCGUGUUGUUCGAGUUGAGCAACGAAGAGAACCCGGACCUGUCAGUGAUCCUGAAGGCAACGAACAUGGUGUCGCACUGGGUGGGAAAGACCAUGAUUUCAAUAAAAAAGGAACUGAUACCCUAUCUGUUGUUGCCGAAGGACCACACGACGUAUUACCGUUAUCAGGGAUCCUUGACCACUCCGGGAUGUCAAGAGUCCGUCAUAUGGUUCGUCAUGACCGAAAGACUCACGGUGUCGGAAUCUCAGGUGAAGGUGUUUAAACGCGUCAUGUCCGGCGAGUACGCUCUGAACUCCACUUACAGACCCGUUCAGGAUCUCGGCGAUAGGAAGGUGUACCAUCGCCUGGAGGGAUAUUCCGGGACGUCUUCGUUUACUUCGAGUGUAGUCUCGAGUAUACUCAGUGUCAUACUAGUCAGACUGUUGCAGUCGAGCGAGAACUUUUAGGGUUCUUAUCCGGCGCGUUUGCAACGCGCGCAUGUGUACGCGCGUGUGUUACGGCUGCACGAUGUCACUUGUUACAUCGUUUUCGCAGAAGACGUGAGAUGUGCAAUUUAUUAUGGCAAAUUUGCGCGGUCGUGCGUUCAUGCAUUCGUCGACUGCAUUAGUCGAUAAGAUGUUCUAGGUUGACACUGUCUGUUCUGUGUUGACACUGAGAAUUCUGGAGUCACAUCAUCGGCCCUAAUGUAUAUAACAUAUACAAAGUUUUGCAUAUAAUAAAGAUCAUCUUUCUCGUCGA